GUGAGACGCACGCAUGUAACGACCUCCAUGAGGGGGCGCGCGCAUGCGCGAGCUACGUGCACGACGCACGUGCUCUUGGGAUGUUUACUUUUUUGUUUUUGUUCCGGAGUAUUCUGUCAAGUCGCGAGACGUAAGGGAGUAGAGUACGGAAGCAGAUCCCUCUGUUGCUGUUACAAUGAUCUCCACUCUUCUAUGAAUGCUGUCUACUAGAUUUUGUAGCUGGGCUGUGAGAGCAUUAGUGAGGAGGAGAGAGGCAGAGCAGAGCACCCCAGAGACAGAGAGAGAGAGAGAGAGAGAGACAGAGAGAGAGAGAGAGAGCUGGGCGGGGAAGGAGUUGCUCCUACUGGCCUUGAGAAAGCCCCACAUAGCGGACUCGCAGCUGAUCGCUGAAGCAUCGCUCCUUUUUCACUCUAAAGCCAAAAUGUCCUCUUUAUCGGGGAAAGAGAGCAGCGCUCAGCACGCCUCCUACGUGGGACCGUACCGGCUGGAGAAGACGCUGGGCAAAGGACAGACAGGCUUGGUGAAGUUGGGGGUUCACUGUGUCACGUGUCAGAAAGUCGCCAUAAAGAUCGUGAACCGGGAAAAACUCAGCGAAUCAGUAUUGAUGAAGGUUGAGAGGGAAAUAGCGAUCCUGAAGCUCAUAGAACAUCCUCACGUAUUGAAGUUGCAUGAUGUGUAUGAAAAUAAGAAAUAUUUAUAUUUGGUUCUAGAGCACGUGUCCGGUGGAGAGCUUUUCGACUACCUGGUAAAGAAGGGCAGAUUAACACCCAAAGAGGCCAGGAAGUUUUUCAGACAGAUCAUCUCAGCACUGGACUUCUGUCACAGUCACUCCAUAUGCCACAGAGACCUGAAGCCAGAGAACCUGCUGUUGGAUGAGAAGAACAACAUCAGAAUAGCAGACUUUGGAAUGGCUUCUCUGCAGGUUGGAGACAGUCUCUUGGAAACUAGCUGUGGAUCUCCUCACUAUGCCUGCCCAGAGGUGAUUAGGGGAGAGAAGUAUGAUGGCAGGAAAGCAGAUGUUUGGAGCUGUGGGGUCAUCCUCUUUGCACUUUUAGUGGGUGCUCUGCCGUUCGAUGACGACAACCUGAGGAACCUGCUGGAGAAGGUGAAGCUGGGAGUGUUCCAUAUGCCUCACUUUAUCCCUCCUGACUGCCAGAACCUGCUGAGAGGAAUGAUUGAAGUGGACGCGGCCAAAAGACUCACGUUAGAACAGAUACAGAAGCACACAUGGUAUAUUGGGGGGAAGAACGAGCCAGAGCCGGAGCAGCCUGCUCCACGGAAGGUGGCGAUCCGCACGCUACCCUCGGCUGAAGACAUCGACCCAGACGUGUUGGAAAGCAUGCACUCUCUCGGCUGCUUCCGGGACAAGAACAAACUGAUGAAAGACCUGCUGUCUGAUGAUGACAACCAAGAGAAGAUGAUCUACUUCCUCCUGCUGGACCGUAAGGAGCGGUAUCCCAGCCAUGAGGACCAGAACCUGCCUCCACGUAAUGAGAUUGACCCUCCAAGGAAGCGGGUGGACUCUCCUCUGCUGACCAGACACAACAAGAGGAGACCGGAGCGCAAGUCCAUGGAGGUACUGAGUGUAACUGAGGGCGGAUCCCCUGUGCCUGUACGGCGAGCUAUCGACAUGAACCAGCACGGACAGAGUAAAUCUGUUUUCAGUAAAAGCCUGGAUAUUUCAGAUGCCAACCCCACAGUGCGAAGCAAAGAAGAAAGGUCACGGUCCAUCAGUGGUGCUUCAUCUGGUCUGUCCACCAGUCCCCUCAGCAGUCCGCGGCCUGUGCGGCGCUUUUUCAUUCCCCCGCAAUCCUCGGAGCUCAUGCGGUCGCCCAACCACAACCCAAGGCUCAAUGGCACCUUCCAGCCAGGCACGGGAGCACAAAAUUCAGCACAAAACAACAAAACUCAGACGCUCCCAGCUAAGCCCAAAGGGUCAGAAAAGCCCCUCCAGAGUACUAGAUCAAACCCGCUUCCUAACACCAUGGCCACACCGCUGACUGCCAAGUCUGAGCCAUCGACGCCAUCCACGCCAUGUCACCCCAUUUCCCCAGCCAUCCCUGUGUCCAACAGCCCGAAGGUGCGCCGGCCGCCCCUGACUGUGCCCCCAAAGCUUUCAGUGCCCCUCUCACAGGCUCAACCUCUCUCUCCCAUCCGCCUGCACCACCUGCACCCGCUGGCCAUGACUGACCACAACGGCAAAUGUAUCCCCACUGUACAGGUGACUCCCCACCCCUCACCCCGCGCCAGCCCCCUGCCAACGCCCAAAGGGACACCCGUUCACACACCCAAGGAGAGUCCAGCAGGUACGCCGAGUCCCACACCACCUCCCAGUCCCUCUAUCGGGGGCAUGCCCUGGAGGACGCGACUCAACUCCAUCAAGAACAGCUUCCUCGGCUCGCCGCGCUUCCACCGCAGGAAACUGCAAGUACCAACCCAAGAGGAAAUGUCCAGUCUGACGCCAGAGUCUUCCCCCGAACUUGCAAAAAAAUCUUGGUUUGGGAAUUUCAUCAAUUUGGAGAAAGAGGAGCAGAUCUUUGUGGUGAUCCAGGACAAACCUCUGAGCUCGAUCAAAGCCGAUAUUGUGCAAGCCUUUCUCUCAAUUCCCAGCCUCAGCCACAGUGUGGUUUCUCAGACGAGUUUUCGGGCGGAGUACAAGUCCACGGCCGGCCCUGCCGUCUUCCAGAAGCCUGUGAAAUUUCAGGUGGACAUCACCUACACGGAGAGCACGUCGGCCACCAAGGAGAACGGCAUCUACUCCGUCACCUUCACCCUGCUCUCAGGUCCCAGCCGACGUUUCAAGCGAGUUGUGGAGACGAUUCAGGCUCAGUUGUUAACUACACAUGACCAGCCUGCCGUCCAGCAGCUGUCUGGCAGCCCGUUGACUAGCUUCUUUGACGUAAUUAAACAGCUCUUUUCAGACGAGAAGUCCGGGCAGGUGUCACAGCCCCCCGGCACGCCCAAGCAGCAGAAGUCCGACUCUAAUGCCUCCAAGAGCAAAGACAAAACCAGGGUGAUACCUUCAUUCGGGACACAGGAGCAGCCUUAAAACCAGGAGUGUUAGUAGAUGACUAGAUUUUUUUCUAGUCCACUCUUUAAUUUCUAAAUAAAUAUCCACAACAGUCUUGACUUGAUAAAAGUCAAUCAAAACCCUUAAUGAACUUUGUUUUUUUUGUUUUUUUACCUUGGGAUGAUUCCUGCAGUAGAACAUCAAUUGGAGGCACAUCCAGAUGUUCUUUGAUUCUUUACCAAAAUGUCUUAUUACUCUCUUGCAUUGCAUUUCAUGUUUCUUGUGUCUUUCUGUUCCAUUUUGUGAUGCCUUUUGCACAUUUCUGCUGCCAGGGAUUAUCCAGAAAACGUGUUAGAACCCGACUGCUGCUCUCGCAUGAGCUUCGUGUACAGUAUGUUGAUGGAAGGCACAUUACACAGCAAGUACAAGCUACGGAUGGAUGCUCCUCAACACCGAUUCGCACCAAACCAACGUGAUUCAUUCACCGUUCAUCUUCUUCUCUCUUACUCAGAGCUACAUCUGUCUGAAAAAUUGACAAACGCCUUAAAAAAAAAUCUAAUCUACAAAUGUUGCAAUUCUUAUUUUAUGGCAUUUCAUAUUCCUUUAAUCUCUGUAUUCUCUCUAUUGGCUGUAGUUUAUCCCUUUUACACACACACACACACACACACACACACACACACACACACACACACUCACACUCACUCACACUCACACACUGAGAAGAAGAAGCAGAGGGUGAAGUGGACAUUAAGGCGUUUGAGGAGCAGCCCACACGGACUCUCGUUAGAUUGUAAUUCUUUUCGAUGUAGUGUUUCUUUAUGAAUGACAGAAUUGAACUAUUUUAUGAACUCUGUGUCAUUGCUGUACAAGAUUUUGAAAUCUUAUUUGGAAAAUAAUAUGGCCGAGCCUAUUCCGGGGUGCUUUGGGAUGGGAUCAGAAAGGGGAAAUGUUUCAGUAAAUGCUCUAUUCUCUUGUACAGCCUGUAAUACAGUAUGUUCUUUAUGUAAACCUCGUCUAGUUGUGACUCUGCUUGGACUGAUUAUGUUGCCAUUUUUUUUUCUCUCCAUGUAGUGAUGAAAUAUUUUGUCACCUUUGAAUGAAAUGAUGCAGAAUGAUUUACUUUUGAUGUCCAUUUUGCAUUUUUGAAGAAAAAAAAAAAAUCUUUUUGGAGAAGCAUCUGCAGGAUUCAGAGAACUUUGGCCAUAAUUGUGUAUAAUUUUAUAACUUAUUUAUCAUUGUGUUUUUAUUUGUUCUUGUUCUUAUUGUUUGUUAAUUUAUGCAGCUGGGACUAUUUAUAAACCAAAUUCGAGUAGUUUAGUGUUCGUAUCGGAGCUAUUUGUCAAAUUGUUUGCAUUUGUUUUUGUUGUCAUUUGUCAUUUGUUAGGACUCAUCUGAAUUUUGUGAACAAAGCACUCUUUCUUUUCUGGCUUUGAGCAGAAAAAGAGCUUGUAGUAUAUGUUAAAUUAUUUACCAGUAAUUUAAGAAUGUAGACUUAGCCUCUACGCGGGAUGGGGCGGGUAUAACGUUAUGAACUCUUGCUAUUUGUCACUUUUUAAAUCUCAUAGUGUGUGUUCAAACAGAUCAAAACACUUGAACCAUGUGAUGUAAAUAGAUAACUUUGCCAAUGAGUUUCUUAAGGCACCAAGGGGAUCGUCCUGCUCAUGGCUAUGUUCUCGUAUUUGCCGUUUGCAUGUCAGACAUCCAGCUUUUCUCUGCAUGAUGAUGAUGUAUAUGUUCAAUUUGCCCUCUCUUGUGCUUCCCCCCUCUCUUUUCCCCCCAUUUUUUAAUCAGAAUGACUGAAUUGUUUUUCCCUUCACUUUUUUUUUGUUUUUAUGUUUAUGUUCACGUCUCAUUCCCUUCUUGUUCUUUAGUAUUUUUUGUCCCUUCUGUUCUGUAUUGUUUUCUCUGAGAGGGUGUGCUGAUGUCAUAACCCACCUUGUUGCAGGUGCGCAUCCACAACACGGCAGAAUUCAGAUAAAGAGAAAUAAACUAAGCAAUACCUAUUCUUAUCCUCCCUAUUUUCUACUUUGAGAGAAAAUAUAAGCUGGAAUACAGAUUGUUUAAUAUGAGCAGGUAAACAAAAAAAACCAAACAAACAAUGUAUCCCCUUGUAACUACUGUGAAUGAAUUC